AACUUUUUUUCUUGAGACAGAGUCUCGCUGUCAUCCAGGCUGGAGUGCAGUGGUGCAAUCUCAACUCACUACAACUUCUGCCUCCUAGGUUCAAGUGAUUCUCCUGCCUCUGCCUACCAAGUAGCUGGGAUUACAGGUGUGUGCCACCAUGCCCAGCUAAUUUUUGUAUUGUUGGAGAGACGGGGUUUCCCCAAGUUGGCAUGGCUGGUCUCAAACUCCUGACCUCAAGUGAUCCACCCACCUCGGCCCCCCAAAGUGCUGGGAUUACAGGCAUGAGCCACCAUGCCCGGCCUCCAAAACUUUUUAUUCUAAGUUAUCAGAUUUUAUUGGUAUAAAUUUGUUUAUAAUAUUAUUCUUUUAUGGUUUUAAUUAGAAUUUUUCAAUCUCAGCACUAUCAACAUUGGAGGCCAGCAAAUAGCUGUGGGGGACUGUCCUGUGCAUUGCAGAGUAUUCAGCUGUUUCCCUGACCUCUGCCUUCUGAUAGCAGACUCUCCAACUGUGACAACCAAAAAUGUCUCUGGACAUUGCCAAAUAUUCCCUGGGGGCAAAAAAACCCUCUGGUUGAGACCCAUGUUUUAAUGUCUGUAGAAUCUUAGUGUUCUUUCAUUCCAGAUACUGGUAAUUUGUCUAUUUUUAAAAUGAGUUUUUCUAGAGUUUGCAGGCUGUACAAAAGAAGACUAUGCACUGGACUUGGCCUGUAGACCACAGUUUGCUGAUCUUGACUUAGAUCACUGAUUUUUUUUCUUCUUGUCUAAUAAAAGCAUCAAACAACUACAAGUUUCCCUCUGAGAAUACUUUAGUUGUAUUUCAUAAACUUUGAAAUGUUGUAUUGAUGGUUAUUAGCCAAUUAAUGGUUAUGGAGAGUGUUUAUGAAGGUAACAUGAGCUUGACUGUUAUUCCAACAAAAGAGCUUACAAACAGACUUUUGGUUCUGUGUGAGAUGAGCAAUGAAGAACAGUAAGUACUUUCCCAACUAGUUGAUAAAUUAACAUAAACAUCCAUAAUCUGGCGACAAUAUUCUUUUGGCUCCUAUCCCUAAAAAAAGCCAGUCUGCAACAUCCAAAACAUUUACCAAGACAAGGAAAUUGCAAUGAUUUUCUUGUACGUUAUGGAGUAUUAAUUUGCUGCCACCUGCUGGGAGGCAGAAUGGGUUUCCAGCAUUGCUAGCUACAAUUUGUCCUCAACUAUUUAUUUUGAAAAUUUUCAAAUCUAUAGUUAAAAGAACAUUCAUAUACUAUUCACCUGAAACUACCAACUGUUUUUUUUUUUGUUGUUGUUGUUGUUUUGAGACUGCAGUCUCUGUCGCCAGGCUGGAGUGCAGUGGCGCAAUCUCAGCUCACUGCAACCUCUGCCUCCCGGGUUCAGGCGGUUCUCCUGCCUCAGUCUCCGGAGUAGCUAGGACUACAGGCACGUGCCACCACACCCAGCUCAUUUUUGUAUUUUCAGUAGACAUAGGGUUUCACCAUGUUGGCCAGGAUGGUUUCGAUCUCUUGACCUGGUGAUCCACCCGCCUCGGCCUCCCAAAGUGCUGGGAUUACAGGCGUGAACCAAUGCGCCUGGCCCAGGUUCAAAUUUUUUAAAUCCUUAAGGCUAUCUAGUUGACAGCUGUCUUUAAUGUAGAUCAGUCCUUCUGCCUUUUUUUAUUGUCUUAUUAACCUUAUUGAAAAGUCCAAACAAAUCACAUUCAGAAUUUAUCUGAGUGUUUCCUCACAAUCAGAUUCAGGUUAAACAUUUUUGGCAAGAGCUCUACAAAGGUGUAUUUCCCAUAGCCUCAUAAUGACAGGUUCAUAUUUUCGCCAGUAUUGGUGAUGCUAGCAAUUUUUUUCCCAUGAAGCAUCUAUAAACAUUUUGCAAAAGACUAAUGUUCCAUGGAAAUGUGUUCCCUAAGCUGUACCGUUUAGAAAACUUCUGAAUAAAAAAGUGACAUGCAUGAAAGUGUUUCAGAGUUUGUAGAAUGAAAAGCAGGUAAGGAUUAACUCAAUUUUAAAAUUAACAAACUUCUUCACUUCUAAGGUAGCACAAACUGAGCUUUCAUGAAACGUAACCCUUACCAAUUGUUCAGAUGAGCAACGCCAAGUUUAAAGAAAGGAAGUAAACCGUCUCAAGAACUGUCAUUGUUUGUGUUCAAUAGGCUGAGAUUUGAAAGGUCUGAUUCUACGUUCUUUCCACUAGAUCCUCGGCUUCAUUUCGACUUGUGCUUAAUUUUCUGUCAUCGGCUAUUGAGUCUACAAUCACUCUUUGGAGUAAAAGUGGUAGUCUUUUGGUCCAAAUAGUAAUAAUGAAAAUGGUGAGACCAGUAAUUCAUUUUUUAUUAUUCUGUAUUCAGUAAGAAUCAACCUGUAUCAAAUAGCUGAAAAGGCCUGAAGCCUCCCAAAUGCAUAUCAUUACACAAAUUCUGUGUGAGAACUGACAUCUUGGUUUCAUAUACUAAUUAUACUGCAUGGCCCCCAUUUAUAACCAUAUCUACUCGUCAUUUGAUCCUGGCUACUGCCGAUGGAUGCUAUCCUUAUCACAUUAUAACAAACAUUUGGGUGAUUAAGUUUUUCUCAAAAAUUCUAGAUUAGCAUACAACGGCUUUACUACUUAUACGUCAUCUAAGACGUUUUUUAAAAAUUAGUUACCACUCCGCCCACGCAGUGAGGUAGCAAAUAUUACGCCUGUUUAUUUUCAUCUCCAUUUCAGGCUUGCGCGCCUUUCCCCCCUCGGGACUUCCCGAGGACAUCCCUGCAGCAGUGAGCCCGAGUCCUGGCUUUGGGUGCAUGUUAAGAAAUAUUAAUCAAAAUGAAUGGGUGCCCUUUAAGGGAAAAAAAUUGUGGGUCCUUCUGCCUUUAAAAACCAUGCCGUGGUUUAAAAACUUAAAACUAUAUUUCGGCCGAACGCUGAGCAUUUCUUCAAAUCACUCCGAGAAGCUUGAGUGUCUUUAAUUUCACCGGUCUGUCAAACGUAACGCGUCUCUCCCUCACUCCACAUUUUAAGUUUCCAAGAAACGGAAGAACGGCCUCCGGGGGUCCGGCCGCCGCAGGCUGCUGGGGGUGAGGGCACGACUCGGCCUCCUUCCGACUCGAGGGUGUCGCGAAGGCCAGGAGAGAACGAAAGUUACCCUCGAACUUCGGAAGCGAAAGAUUCCAUGUGGACCUUAAAAAGGGCAAAACCUACCCCAAAGGCCGUAAACCGCCCUCCCCUCCCCCGCCAGAGAACUUCCCGGCGCAGAGUUUCCGCAGCCUGCCGCAGGCCGGGAGACCUUCACGCUCACUCGCUCUCCGCCACACGCCGGAACUGCGCGGCCACGUCCACGGGGACCCUGGCCAUGCCCCGCGCCGCCACCCGGCCCCAGGCGAUCCCCAGGCCCCACACGCCUGCAGUCGGCGCUGCGCCUGCGUGGGAGGAUCCGGCGGAAGGGGCGGGGUCAGGAGGCACUUCCGUGGCUUCGGGCGGAAUGUUAAGAAGCUAAAAUUAAUUUCAUGUUCAUCGGCCUUGAAGUACCAUUUAGAGGUAUACCUUGGAGCAAUAAUUUAUUCCAACAUGCCACAAGGUGCUUGAAAAUCAACCAAAAUUUACAAAUACUCAUAAACCCAAACUGGGGAGGUCACAAUCACAUUGAGCCAAAACGCAUCCAGUGUUUUCUUCAGUUACAAAUAAAACGAAUAUGCCCAUGCUGCUACCACAUCCUCACCAGCAUUUCCUAAAAGGCCUUUUAAGAGCACCUUUCCGAUGUUACCACUUCAUCUUUCACUCAAGUACUCAUCUCGGAUCAGGAAUCCCAUGUGCUCAGCCGUUUAAUUCUCUUGGACUCCAUUGUACAAAGUGGAUGCUGCUGUCAGAUGGUUUAAAGAGAAAAUUAUGUGUACAAACAACCUUAAAGGACCACACAGAAGGACUUUCUGAUAAAGAGCAAAGAUUUGUGGAUAAACUUUAUACUGGUUUAAUCCAAGGGCAAAGGGCCUGUUUAGCAGAGGCCAUAACUCUUGUAGAAUCAACUCACAGCAGGAAAAAGGAGUUAGCCCAGGUGCUUCUUCAGAAAGUAUUACUUUACCACAGAGAACAAGAACAAUCAAAUAAAGGAAAACCACUAGCAUUUCGAGUAGGAUUGUCUGGGCCCCCUGGUGCUGGAAAAUCAACAUUUAUAGAAUAUUUUGGAAAAAUGCUUACUGAGAGAGGGCACAAAUUAUCUGUGCUAGCUGUGGACCCUUCUUCUUGUACUAGUGGUGGAUCACUCUUAGGUGAUAAAACCCGAAUGACUGAGUUAUCAAGAGAUAUGAAUGCAUACAUCAGGCCAUCUCCUACUAGAGGAACUUUAGGAGGCGUGACAAGGACCACAAAUGAAGCUAUUCUGUUGUGUGAAGGAGCGGGAUAUGACAUAAUUCUUAUUGAAACCGUUGGUGUGGGUCAGUCGGAGUUUGCUGUUGCUGACAUGGUUGACAUGUUUGUUUUACUACUGCCACCAGCAGGAGGAGAUGAGCUGCAGGGUAUCAAAAGGGGUAUAAUCGAGAUGGCAGAUCUGGUAGCUGUAACUAAAUCUGAUGGAGACUUGAUUGUGCCAGCUCGAAGGAUACAAGCGGAGUAUGUGAGUGCACUGAAAUUACUCCGCAAACGUUCACAAGUCUGGAAACCAAAGGUAAUUCGUAUUUCUGCCCGAAGUGGAGAGGGGAUCUCUGAAAUGUGGGAUAAAAUGAAAGAUUUCCAGGACCUAAUGCUUGCCAGUGGGGAGCUGACUGCCAAACGACGGAAGCAACAGAAAGUUUGGAUGUGGAAUCUCAUUCAGGAAAGUGUGUUAGAGCAUUUCAGGACCCACCCCACAGUCCGGGAACAGAUUCCACUUCUGGAACAAAAGGUUCUCAUUGGGGCCCUGUCCCCAGGACUAGCAGCAGACUUCUUGUUAAAAGCUUUUAAAAGCAGAGACUAAUAAAAUUCAUCCUGUAUAAUAAUUUUACAUAUCAUUUCAUAAAUUAUUUUAAUAGAAAAAUCACUUGUAUGCUUAUAUUUUCAGUAAUUAUUGUAUGGUGCUCUUGUUUUCUUUGUUUGUGACCCAUGCUUGAAAACUUGAAGGAAGUUAGAUAUGAAUGGCAAAAGUUAGGCAGUAUUUAUAAGGUACCUGUUGUAUGUUACUGAUACCUGUUUCCUUCUCUUCUUAUACCCUGGCAUGGUGGCCUGUAGGGUAGUUUUUUCUUAAUAGUCAAGAACAGAGAAAGCUGAGAAGAGCAGAAAAUAUCUUGCACUUUAAAAUGCUUAUUUUGAUUCCAUAUUAUCUGAAUUUCCAGAGAGGAUGUAAACAAGAGUGACCAUAUUUUUGGAGUCCUUCUUGAAGCCAGAACAACACACAGUGGGUUGCUAAGAGCCGACAAUCAUAAUUGACAUUUAGUGUACCAGAUUAUUCUAAGAAUUUCCGAAAUUACCAUGUACAUGAGUAAUGAAACAACUGGAAUAAUGUGAUGAUGUGAACACAAUUUUAAAGUCUGCUUGUCUGGAUUUGCAGGUACCCUUCCCCCACCCCCCAACAUGAUAGGUAAGAGAGCAAAAGGGAACUGGGAAAAAUCAGCUACAAAUAAAAUGGGUGACUAAUCCCCAAUUCUUGGACCCAUUAUAUUUGUAGCCGAUUGGAGUAAACCCCUAAAAGACAAAGUGAGGUCAGAAUGAUUCAAGGAUUAUUCAGUUUGAAGACUACCAAAGGCUUUUGCUUCUCUUCUUCCUUGGCCUUUUCACUUCAUUUUAGUAUUUUAAAAAUCUUUUUUCUUGAUGGUGAACAAGUUUUGUCCUAUGCUAUGGAGGAAGCAUAGCACAGUGAUUAAGAGCUUGGGCUCUGUAGUUGGACUAUGUGGGUUUAAACUUUAAACCCAGAUCAAUUGUAUAUUAGCUAUAUGAGCUAAUCUCUUUAAGCUUCCAUUUCCUCCCUGGUAAAAUGAAAUUGGCAAAUAACUUUCUAAGGUUAGUGAAGAUUAAAUGAAAUAACAUAGGAGAAUUAUUUAACUGUCAUGAUGGUGUAUAGGAAAUACUCAAAGGCUGCUUACUAUCCUUAUUACAUUAAAGUUAUGGGUAUCUUGAAACUACAAACCUGAUGUAUAAUUUCAGUUUUCUCUCAUGGUCUUGUUACUACCAUCAUACUCUUGAUAUUUUAGGAUACUUUAGGAUUACCUUUGAAGAACCCUUUCUAGUUAAUUCUUUGAAUAUAUUUUAUACUUAUUUGAUGGUAGUUGUAACUGUGUACAUUUGAAUAAAAUUUCUAACCAUAAAA